GUAAUUCCGAACUCAUUCAUCGGACAAACAAGGUCAGGAGGACGCGAGAAGAGCUCUACUCGUCUCGACGACGAUCCAUUCGCUUCUCUUUAUUCCGCUUCAUUUUUUUUUAGUUACCUACCUACCUACUCAGUCGCACAGGAUGGCGUACCGUUUCCCCAGCACCAUCAGCGCAGCGCGCGUCGUGACCUUCGUCAGCACCGCGGCCUGGAUCCAGGGCACCAGCGCGAGCGAAGCCGCGCUGCCGGAAGAAGCCCUCAACAACUUCCUGCGCCGGCACGGCGUCGGCGCUGCCACCAAAGUCGGGCCCAGACAAGCUUCUGCCUCCGCGCCUGUCGUGGCGGCGCCUAAGGACGAAGACGACGAAGAAGAAAAAGAAGAGGCGGACUCGGUCUCGUCCGCGUCAUCCGUCAGCGGCGACGGCGUCGAAGAAGACGGCGCCUCGUCCGCGAGCUCCGCCGACUCGACGCCGAGCAAGGCCGCCGCCGCCGCCGCCGACUCCGACCCGGCGCAGACCACCGGCAGCUCUACUAGCAGUAACCCCGCCGUUUCCGGUUCCAACACCAACUCUAACGGUAAUUCCGCGCAGGCCGGCAUAACCGCCGCGUCCUCGGGCCAGCCGGCCAUCGGGUCCGCGGACCCGCCGGCGCUGAGCACGGGCGCGAAAGUCGCGAUCGGCGUGUGGAGCGCGGUCGCCGUGGUCGCGCUGGCGGGGCUGAUUUAUUUCUUUAGUAGGAGGAGGAGGGCUAGGAUGGCGAUGGAGGAGAUGAAUGCGCUGCGCGAUGAGGAGUUCGAGAGGGAGAGGUCGCAGAGGGGGAUGUCGGAGGCGGGAGGGUUUGCGGGAGGAGGGGCAGGGGGUCCGCCGAUAAGUGCUGUGGCGCCGUCGGUGUAUUUGAGGGAUAGUAGGGGUGGAGGAGGAGCGGGAGGAGUAGGAGUAGGAGCAGGUGUGGGAGUGGCAAUGGGAGGAGGGAUGGGAGGUGAGAUAGGGGGUAUGGGCGGUACGAGCCGUGCGCCGAGCGGGCAGUGGAUGGCGACGCCGCCGUGGCAGGACUCGGCUCCGACGUGGAGAGAUUCCCAUCCGUGGAGGCAGUCGCAGCCCUCCGUCGUCGGGGCGCAGGAUAGGUUCCCCGCGGGCUCCCGGCCGCCGCUUCCGCCUUUCGCUCCGCAGAACACGAAGCCGGAGGAUGAUAGGCGGACCGAGUACACGGCCGAGACGGAGAGUACGAUCUUUGCUUAUCGGUAGAGGUUGACUGGAGUUGCGAUAAAAAAAAAAAGUAAAAAUGGAGCGGUAUUAUUACUUACGUUCGUCUCGCGGACUGAGUCUGUGGUUAUUAUGUGCAUUAUUACUAGAUCGAUUCUUAAUAUUAUUCAUGGCCGCUUCCGAAGUGUGUAG